AUGGUUGCACCUAGAAGGCCCUGGGCAACACUGGCAGUCAAGACUCUCAUGAAGAGACAUUAUACGUUCGCUGCUAUGGGUCCUGAAGAAACAAACACACUGUUGGGGCAAACAAUAUUUGAGACGGGUCAUGGGAGAUGGGAAACAGGGAUAGCAAAUGAUGCUUGUACCCGCAGGAACAACGAGAUGGAGAAACAUGAGGCCAGACUGCUGGGCCAAGAUUUGUUUGAGACUCCGGACCCCAGCAGGGAGAACCCAAAUGAUUCAAACAAAGGGCUGUAUGGAGAUGAGGCAAAGAAGGCGGAUUCACUGCUCACCUCGGCCGUCUGGAAUCUGGGGGACGUCGUUCAAGGCAGGCUCCUCCACGUCAUCGUAAUCCAGCUGAGACGCCCCUGGAGACGCUCUCUCUGGAACAGUAAACACCACACUCAGCCCCUGGCACCAGCAGCUUCUCUUCAGCGCAGGUGGCCCUUACAACUAGAGCUGUUUAUCAUGGCAUGUGAAGGGGAAGUCGCAGGGGGCCCAUGGUCGUCAGAAGGGCACAAGUCAGAGAACUACAGUGAAACAGGAGUCCCAGAAAUAAUUAGGAGCCAAUCAUGUCCCUGCAGAAUCCAACAGCAGCUCUUGUAUGUGUUUCAGUGGGAGCAGGAUCUGGGCUUGUGCUGA